GUCAGUCAGCUCAAAGCUGUUUGUCGCCGUUGGGUUGUUUUCAUUUUAUUUUUGCAAAUUCCAGGCCGACAAUUUUUUUUUAAUUUUAUCUGUAUUCAACGUAUUUAAGAUACGGCGACAUUUCAGGUCGAGCAAGUAAUAGUAACAAUCAAAAUGGAUAAUAAUAAGAGGCGAGCAAGCACCAAAGUUCCUGAUCAAGUUUGCCAGUAUGGUUCGGAUUGUUACCGCAAGAAUCCUAUACACUUCAAGGAGUUUUCCCAUCCCCAUUUAGAAUCGAUUCUGAUGGAAGCUUCAGCCAAGAGUAAGUACCGCAUACCAGAUGAGCUAUUCAUGAGCCGCGAAGUGGUCUUAGAUCAGUUGAAAGUCUUAGAGCAAGUAUAUCCAGAGCUUAUUCAUAGCCGUAAUAGUCCACCGUCAAAGUAUUCCAAGAACAAUACGAAUCAGAAUUCAUCAUCGGCUGGUUCAUCCAGUACAUCUACCGAAAGGAUAUCUCAAUCAAAUAAUUCCAACAAGAACGAUCAAUCCUCAAAUGCAAAGCCUAAACCAAUGACAUCAAAAGCAAACAGUAGUGAGCUAAAACUAAAUUCUUCAGUUUCCCCCUCAAAAACCUCGAAAAGUCCAUCAAAAGGCAACGCAAUUGCUGAUCUGUUUGCCGAAAGGAGAGCCAAAAUGGCCAAACUUCAAGCCGAACAGCAAAAGAAACCAGAAGCUCAACCUUCCACCAGUGGUUCGCAAGCUCCGAAACAGCCAAAUCCUCCAAAACCGUCUGGAAUCUCACUGAAGAAAGCUAUCCCACGUAACAUUCACGACUAUUAUCCGGUGGUAGCUCCAAAAGGCCAAAUGGCCAGCAAACUUGCGGCGGCGGCUCCGUACAAUUAUUUCCUAACGACAAUCACCGACGCCAAGAUAACCCAUUCGGAACCGUUAUCGAUUACGUUCCAAGAGCUGCUAGACUCCAGUCUCGGCGAGCUGGAGUGUUCUGUCCAGAUGAACUUUAUGGUGGACAUUGGGUGGCUUCUGGGUCAUUACUUCUUUGCCGGCUACGAAGACCGUCCCCUGUUGAUUUUGUACGGCGAUGAAACCCCGGAGCUGAAAAUGGUUUCGUCCAAGAAGCCAAACGUAACCGCGGUGAAGGUGCACAUUGCCACUCCCUUCGGGGUACACCACACCAAGAUGGGACUGUAUGGCUACACGGACGGCUCGAUGCGGGUGGUGGUUUCGACGGCCAACCUGUACGAAGACGACUGGCAUAAUCGAACGCAAGGGCUGUGGGUCAGCCCCAGGUUGCCGCCGAUGCCCGAGGAUUCGGAUACGGGCGCGGGCGAUAGUAAAACCGGAUUCAGGGAAAACCUGAUCACCUAUUUGAAUUCGUAUAAAAUUGGUCACCUGCAGCCGUGGGUGGCCCGGAUUCAGAAGACGAACUUCAGCGAAGUCAACGUAUUUCUAGUAGCAUCGGUUCCUGGAGGUCACCUAAAUACCCCCAAAGGGCCUCUAUGGGGACAUCCUCGGAUGGGCUACUUAUUAGGCAAACAUUCAGCCCCUAUUGAUGACUCCUGUCCGCUAGUGGCUCAAAGCUCCAGCAUAGGCAGUCUUGGUCCGAAUCCACAAUCCUGGGUUCUUUCGGAAGUUUUGGCUAGCUUCAGAAGGGAUUCGGCCCCCAUCGGACUGCGAAGAGUUCCUGCAUUCAAAAUGAUCUUUCCGAGCUUCUCGAAUGUAAGAAACAGUCAUGAUCAUCUGCUGGGUGGUGGAUGCCUUCCCUACAUGAAGGCCACGCACGACAAACAGGUGUGGCUAAAGGACUACUUGCACCAAUGGAAGAGCGAUUCCAGGAAUAGGACCAAGGCGGUGCCACACAUCAAAACGUACUGCCGAUGGUCCCACCGAGGGCUGUAUUGGUUUCUGCUGACAUCGGCGAACUUAUCGAAAGCAGCGUGGGGUGUGUAUAACAAAUCGGCCAAAUUUGAAGCUCCCCUCAGGAUCAACAGCUACGAGGCCGGGGUUUUGUUCCUACCCAAAUUUGUGAUUGAGGAGAACUUUUUCCCGAUGGAAUCGAAACCUGGCCAACAGCAUCCCCAAUUUCCAAUGCCUUAUGACGUUCCUAUCAUUCCCUACGCUCUCGAAGAUACCCCUUUCUUUAUGGAUUACCUCAGGGGCUAGCACGUAAUUGUCAUUAGUACUAUUCCAUUUUUUUAAAUAAACACCAAAAUAAGUUAUUUGGAGCAGUUGUUGAUUAGGAUAAAGAGGGGAUGCUUGGGAAAAAGUUGAAUAAUGAUUCUGAAAAAACCAUGGAGUUUGCGGCUUUUGCUUAGCAAAUUUGCAAUCAUUAUACCUACGGGACAUACACAUUUCUUCUGUUUCGAAUAAAUAAUUUUAAUUAAAGGUUUUUGAAACAAA